AUGAUGUACGCGUCUGCGCCCAACAGCUCCAGCCCCCUUGCCUCGCGGGCCCUAUCCUCGCUGCGCCAGGACAAGACGAAGCAGCCGGGGCCGCUGUUUCGCCCGCCCUGCGGCUGGCAACGGAUCUGGCGGAUCUCGCAUCAAGGCGAGGUGCUUUGGGACCGCAGGGCCCGGCACUGCCAACUCCCUGCGUCGCCAGUGCUGGGUCCAGCGGAUGCGUCCGGCGGUGCUGGCAGAUCCGGGCUGGGCCUGGGGUGUUUGCCGGCGGCGGUGCUGGCGCGGGUGAUUUUGGGCUGCGAUCUCUCGGCGCUGCUCAGCUUGUCGGCGGCCCUGCCGGCGGUGGGCCGCCAAGGGAAUGCCUCCACCCGGGAGGUGGGCGAAGCCAUGCCCUCGGGACAUCCAGCCGGCGGGCCUCGCCCUGAGCGGUGGCUGUCCUUCGCCCGCGCGUCGCUGCGCUGGGCCGACCUCUUGGCCGGGCUCCGCGGCCUGCCGAAGGCGGUGUCCGGCGCGGGCGCCAGCGCCCGUGCCCGGCGGCCGGCCGAGGACGGCGAGAGCUUUUCGGCCAGUGGCUUCAAAGCCACGGUGACGAGCGAGGCGUGCUGCGUGGCGAUGUGCGCCGACACUAAGCUGCUGGCGACGGGGCAUCAGCACGGGAUACGUCUCUGGGGCUUGCCGGGCGUGAAGAAGAUGGGCCUGCUGCAGACGCGGGGCGCCGCGGUGUCGCUGGACAUCGGCCAACGCGGCGAGCUUCUGGCCGCGGUGCUGCUCAGCGGCGACAGCUUCUGCGUCUGCGCCUGGGACCUGACGUCCUUGUGCCCCAGGGCCGCGGCUUUGUGGCAGCUCCCGGUGCCGUCCACUCCUCUGCACUUCCUAGCGGAAGGGCUGAUGGUCUCCAGCCCGCAGGGCCUGCAGCUCUUGGACUUGCAGGGCGCCGCGCGGGAGAUUCUGCCGCUCCCCGGCACCCCAAGCGCCUCCUGCCGGCUUGGCCUAGAGAGCCGCGUCCUGGCGGCGGUGGGCGCGCGCAUCUUCGCGGCCGGCGCGGCCGCGAGCUCUUCCGAUCCUGUACAGGGAAGAGUCUGUGCCUUCGCUUCCACCUCCGCCUCCGUCACCUCACUGGCGGCGUCCUCGUCGGAGGUGGCUGCCGCCACCUGCGACGGCCACAUCUUCCUCUGGCGAAGCGACGGCGUGCCGCUGGCGGAGCUAAGGGCCUUGUCCGAGCUGGACCUGGAAAACCUGUCCUGGUCCACCGCCCGAGCGGAGAACUUGAAUCCCCUGGUGUCCUCGGUGCUGGUGCUGGAGGAGGUGCUGGCCGGGGCCUUAGAUGUCGCACCGCGAGCUGCGUGGGCCUGUGGGCCUGUGGGCCUGUGGGCCCGGGGAGCGGCGAUUUGGGUUUGGCAGGUGCGACAUCCUGGGGCUGGGCCUCAGGUUUGA